UCGCGAUAUCGUCGGUGUGGGUGACAGGCAGUCGAGGUUGCAGCAGGCUGAGGGAGACGGUGGAAGGUAAGCAGGAGGCAGCAUCAUGGCGGACAGAGACAGUGGCAGUGACCACGGAGGGCUGGCCACAGGCCCCGGCUCCCUGCCUCCGGGCGCGAUGGGCGCCGCGGCAAGACUGCAACACGACACCGAGGAGCUCGCGUCAAAGCGAGUCGACAUCCAGAAUAAGCGCUUCUACCUAGACGUGAAGCAGAAUGCAAAAGGCCGCUUCCUAAAGAUAGCCGAGGUCGGAGCUGGGGGAAAUAAGAGCCGCCUCACUCUCUCUAUGUCAGUGGCAGUGGAGUUCCGUGACUAUCUCGGGGACUUCAUCGAACAUUACGCCCAGCUGGGCCCGAGCAACCCGGAUAUAGUGCAGGAUGAGCCCCGGCGUGCCCUCAAGAGCGAAUUUCUAGUGCGAGAGAAUCGCAAAUAUUACAUGGAUCUGAAAGAGAACCAGAGGGGGCGGUUCCUAAGGAUCCGUCAGACCGUUAAUCGGGGGCCCGGAUUGGGAAGUGCACAAGGCCAGACCAUCGCGCUUCCAGCGCAGGGACUUAUCGAGUUCCGUGACGCUUUGGCCAAACUCAUCGAUGAUUACGGUGUGGACGAGGAACCAGCAGAACUACCCGAGGGCACUUCCUUGACUGUUGACAACAAACGCUUUUUCUUCGACGUGGGUUCUAACAAGUACGGAGUGUUCAUGCGGGUCAGCGAGGUGAAGCCUACCUACCGGAACUCCAUCACUGUUCCGUGCAAAGUGUGGUCCAAAUUCGGCAACACGUUCUGUAAAUAUGCCGAGGAGAUGAGAAAGAUCCAGGAGCGGAGUAGAGAGAAACGGGCCUCCGAACUCCUACCGGAGGGCCAACAUGGUGACGACGGGGACGAUGAUUGACGGAUUACCGGCUUGAGCAGAAAUAAAUAACAACAAACACCAGACUUUAUAAUCAGACUUUUACUGUAAAAUAUAAAGAGAGAAUUCCAAGGGAAGCACCCCACACACAACCUUCACAGUCAGACUGGCAGUAGCCUACUGUCUCGUCGUUCAUUGCUGGAUGUCACCCACUUACCAACCAUUUUAACAGUAAGCCGCUGCUAUCAAUAACUUGUUUGAACUGUAAAAUAUGAACUGUUUCCUACUUGAUUUAAAUGACAAUGAACAGUGUUUAUUGCUCUAACAAACAACCCGAUUUUGCACACGUCCAAGCUAUUUCGAAAAGGUUUCCAAAGUGCAAAACGAAAAAAUAAACGUAAAUUGGAAAUUACGAAGAUCUCCAUGUAAACCAACAUUUGACAUCAGCACAAAUAUAUAUAUAUAUAUGAUAAAUUACUUUACCAAACCAAUAUCUGAAAUCAGUUGUAGUUUAUUAAUAUAAGGUACGCAGGAAAUAAAAAGUAAAGCGCUAUCUAUUAACGUGUACUGCAGAACGCAACGCACAGACUGAAAAAAGAGACACUUCUGCCAAUAUGCGUAGGCCUAAAUCUCUUUUAAAAAGGCAUUUGGGAAAGUUCUAGUGUUUAAUUUGAUCCAAAAUGUAGUUAUGAAAAGCGUUUCUAUCAUGUCAUAGGCCUACAUUAUGGAGUAUUGUAUGAGGAGAGCAGAGUCGAUAUAGGCCUAAACGGGAUAAAAGCAUCUUUACUAUUGAAUAUCAACCCUUUUGCACCAUGUCCAUUCAAAUUUGGAACAAUGGUUAGAUAAAACAUUUGCUAACUUAGAUAUACUAAUUAUGAUUUUGUGAAUCAGCUGUAUUUAAAUCCUAAGAUGCCCACGUUUUCUGUGGGCGAGUUUUCUUUUUCGGGGGGAGGGUGGGAUGGGGCACAAAAACCAGAUGCUCAACCGGUGAUGGCAGCGCGAGACGCGUAAAAAGACGCAUCAGCGCGCGGCUACAUGCAUGCUGAGCCGCUAGGGCGCAUCCUCUCUGACGUCAGAACAACCUGGUGCCUUAUACACUCCACUCGUUUACGUGCUUCACAUUGUGGUCGAUGUUAAUGAUAUCUCUCUCGACCACUGUAUGUUUUCAUUUGUGAGUUCUGUACUGUUUGCUGUAUGGCUAUUGGUCAACACUAACAAGCCAAGCCAGAGAGGCCCUUUUCUGUAGCCUGUCUCCCUCCACAGGCAGGAGAGCAGAGAAUGGCCCCUAGAACAGCGACAGCAGCAGCACUUCGAAUGUGAGCAUGGAUAGUCAUCAGAGAUGUGGGGUUGUGUCUGUCCACCUCUUGCACCAUGUAAAAUGUAACUGGACGUAUACAGUAGUCAGUCAGUGGGGAUGAGAUGGAGACGGAUGAUGGAUGGAUGCCCUAAGAGCCCCUUGUGAGGUUUUUCUGGAUGUAGGCCAAAAAGGCCAAGGCAGUAUCUUUCUAUGGUGCUACAGCUCCAAUAUAAUCCAAACUAGACCGGGCUUGCUGGUCUAAUUUGUCACUGCAUUAUUUGAUUUCUCAAUGUUACUCUCCACAUGUUGUCAGAGCAGCAGUCUCCCCCUACACAGGGUGAUGACAGACAGUGAGGACAUGACUUUAUAGUGUGCAAUAUUGUACUUGCCAAUCGUGGCAUUGUAUGUUGUAUAGACAAAAAAAAGGCAAAUAUAUAUGUGAUAUUUGAAAAGCAUGAGGCUGAAUUCUGCAUUGUUACAGACAUGUGAAGUCUUUCUCUGCAUUUAAGUGAAAAGGUUUCAAACUAGUGUGAGAUUUCCCAUCACUUUCAUAUACAGUAACCCCCACUGUGUUUCAGUGAGUGUAGACACGUUUCUGGUCUUUCUCUUUCCACAGAAUCGCUACAGUGACAUAGCUUAUCCCCCCCCCCCCCCCCCACAAAUCAGCAAGUUUAUCUCCAGGUCAGUGUUAGAAGCACAGUCCUGCCCCUUCUGAGUGUCUUAUAAUUGAAUUGAGUAGUAUCAUGAAACUUUUUAGUUUUACUGGGAUAAAUUAUCCCAAGUCAGAAGGAGAAAAGUUCAAUGAAAAUGACACAUCAACAAAUUGAUGUGGUGACAGAGGGGGUUGCCCUGACGAUGAAGUGACCAACCAUUCUUCCUGGGGUGAAGACAGAAUCAUUUUGACAGUUACCCAGCAUUCCUUGCUCUCAGUCCACCAGUAAACAAUGCCAUAGAGGAUUUCUUUAAGCGUUGAUUAACAAUCAGUCAGCUAGGUUAACCAUCAGUAGCUGGAUUUAGAGCAUCACAGGGUGGCUUGGAUUAGUUUUGUAGAUCUAAACCUACUGCACUGUACUGUACUGCCAUCAGGCCGGCUGGCGUGAUGUUGAGGACAGACUGAGCAGCAGUAGGUAGGUCUGCUAUAAUUCCACCAGCCAUUUGGAUUCGGUCAGAGUUAUAACUGUAAGAGGCCUCGAGAUGCAUGGGUCCCUAUGUGGGGCCCCAUAUAGGACCCCUAUUAAAUGGCCCUUUACUAGGCUAGCAUUAAAGCUUCAUGGGUUUCUCUCCUCUUUUGGAGAGAAACCCAUGACACUGCCUAACACUGCCCCAGAGUUUCAGAGAUCUUUUACAUAGCAGGUAAACUGUGGAUUUGACUCUGUUGUGCUCUACACAUAUGGAGAACAUUUUGAAGCCAGAAUUCAGUCAAACCUCCACUACCGCUGUGAAAGACCAAAUGCUAUUUCUACACAGUAAAUGCUUGAUUGAAUUCAGGCUUUAAAUGCGAGACAUUAAGCCUGGAAAUUCAAUACACCAUUUUCACAACUCUCUUACUGGCCAGCCCUAGAGAGACGAAGGCUAUAGUCAAUCAGAUCAAGUGUUAACUGGCGAUAGCCAACACCCGCAUAGCUGAUGUUUUGGCGGUGUCCGAAGUGGAACUGCGUUGUAGCUGUCAAAUCAGUGAGCAGCUGCUCUUGAGAUCAUUGUCACGAAGCCACACCCGUCCCACUCGCGUUAGAAGUUUAGAACGAGAAAGUGUAGGCUAUAUAGAAAUAAUGACGUUCAAAUUGAAAAUCAUUUAACAUUUAAUGAGGAUUUCUAUCAGCUUAAUUGAGCUGUAGAUUACAUCUCACAUUCCAGUGUUUGAACUUGUAAAUAUGACUCCAUGGGAUUUCUCUUAAUGCGACUUUGUGCAGCCAAUAGCAAUGUGCGCUUUAGGUAUGAUGCCGGGAGCCGCUUGUGGAUUUGACAGCUCUAACGCGGUUCCGCCUCCGACAAGUCAAAAUAUCAGCUAUGUGGAUGUCGGCUAAAGAGGAUCUGAUUUAAUGGGGCCGUAAUUCUAAAUCAUUCAGCUCACGUUUUACGUUUGUAUGCCUCGCUCUGUAAAACGCACAUCAAAAAUAAAUGAUAAUUAAACAAAAGUGAUUAUUUUUUUGUCAGUUCACAAGGUGCUACUGGGUCCGUUCUGGUUCCGGAGUUGCAUGGUUCUGUGUAAUAGAUUCUAGAACACUGCCUAUUUUAAAGGAUCGACACGGUGUUGGGUCAGAACCAACUGCCACGGUUUAGAGCUGAUGAUUUCGCCAUGUUGCUCACAUUGCAGUUAAUCAAUGGGGCACAAAAUGGACACCAGGUGUUUUUGUCCCAUAAUCAAAACCUGCAGUGGGUUGAUUGUAACUGUGCAGCAGCAUGGCUAGUUCAGUUCAGUGUAACAUUGGUGGUGGUGAUGGUGCUUGUGCUGUUUGCAUCAGAGAGAGAUGUCUUAGAAUUGAUUAACUAUUAUAGGUGCUUUGUUCUUCUUAUUUGUACUAGUUCUUAAUGGUGGGAAUGUGUAUUUUGAUCUAAACAACAGCUGCAUGACCAUGGUAACAACCUCUACCAGUCCCUUUAGAGGUGUGGUCUUCUGGAAUCUCUCCCACUACAAUUCCAACUUCCAUUCAUUCUACCAAGCUGUUUAAAGAUCCAUUCAAUUGAGUUUCAGUGUUCUAUUGUCGCUAUGACAUUUCUCUGGUCCUUCAAGUUCAGACCAAUCACUCACAGACAAUGUCUAUAAUGGGCAAGGCCAAUCACAAUCUUGUUUGUGAAGCCAACAGUCAUCUUGACCAUUACUAGCUCAGCACGCAUUCUGUUUUGCACAUACCAAUGCAGAGUCCUUCAUGUAUGCAGACUGUAUAGGCUACCGUUAUGUACAGGGACGAGACAUUGGGAAAAGGAUCUAUGAAAGUCAAUGGGGAGGAAGAGGGUCAAUGCACAAUGAACAUAUCCCAUGUCACCAUAUGGUCUAACUACCCUUUAUCAACCCUAUAUGAUAUGUUGCACCUUUCAAAAUAUUUUAUCUGUGGUGUGUGUGUGUGUGUGUAUAUGAUGAUCCUUGUUUCAGAAAAAUAUAACAUAUAAACAGGAAAAGCAUAUUGCUGUUUUUUUUCUUUUGUAUUUUAUACUUACAGAAAGCAUUGAAUAAAAUGGAUAAAUACUUGCACUUUAGAUAUAUUAAGAAAAUAAAAAAAUCUGCAUAUUAUUUUUGAUAGGGAUCUCACAUUCAGAGAGUAUAAAUUACUUUCCAGGCAUUGUGACAUUGCUGGACAGAGAUGUAUCGAGUUCUUCUACUUAUUGAAGUAUAUUUUGUCUGUGUUUCAGAAGGUUUACUAAAGUAAAUUGCAUGAUAAAGUAGUGUUACACCAAUAUUGAUAUUUUUUAGUUGGUAAUAAGGUCUGAAAACUGUGAUGUACCAUGUUUAACUUUUCCCCCAUACAUUCUAGAGUAGUUCUUACUGAUUCAUGGCCUUUCCUGACUACAUGACGAUGGUGCUUCAUUUGGCUUUGAAAAAUCUGCUCAUCCAACAUUUGACAUCAUCAUAACUUGUAUCUUACUGUACUUCAUUACUUUGUUUAUGUACUUUCACUACCUUAUUAAAUUUUAGUUGAUGGCAAAACGUGUGCUGUUUUGUACGUUGUUGUUUUAAUGUUGGAAAAGCCUUUGUCGUCUGAAAAUGACUAAUUGCAAUAAACAGGCAUUCCUCAUGCUCUUGUGUCUUUA